AUGAGCGGAAUGAUAAGCGGACGAGGCGCCCUGGAGCGCGAAGUGGCCUUCAAGGUGACGAUUGCGGAGCUGGUGGAGCACGAAGUCCUGUCUGAAGCGGAGGCUAGUUCGAUAUUGGUGCGUGAGGAGUCGUACCAGGCUUUGACGAACGGUUGUGGGAAGUCAUCAGACGACGAAGCGUUGCAGCUAUAUAUGGAGAGUCUCGCCUUCCGGUUGGGGUUGUUCGUCUUGGUCCAGGGUCGCGUGGAGAGCAAGCUGAAGGACGCGAACAGCUCAGAGUCGCUCCGUGCGGACUUGGCGAAAGCGCGGUCACGGCUCAAGAGGGUGAUUGCGGACGAGGCGGUGAAGAAUUGCUACAAAUUCAAGAAGGACAAGAAGGUAGACAUCACUGUCAUGGACGUGCUCUUGCGACUGGGCGAGACGAGACAGUUCGACAACCUAAUAGCCAAAUUGAUCCUCCAUAACCCGCACCAAGUCGACUACUGGCUGCUCUUCGCCCGACGAAAAAUCGCAGAAGGUGACUACUUGGCCGCACAAGCCAGUCUGCGCAAGGCCGUCCGCUUUCACCCCAAUAACCGGGUUGUGGUCGACAGUCUCAAGAAUGUCGCUCUCAUCGUGGCCACUGCGGAAGCUCUUUACACCCCAAACGCUUCUGCAUUUAUGCAAGAGUAG